AUGGCCGCCGCAACAGUCUCCCCAUCCCCUCCAUCAGCACUCUCGAAGCUCAUCUCGACCCGCACACCUACCGAUUCCACCCACCCCGCACACCUUCACCACCUCACCCUCCAAAUCCAGCACAACCUCCAGUACCAGCACCUCUGGACCGCCCUGACCAUUCACACUCACUCGCCUCUCUCACCUCACAAGCUACUACCGCGCCCGCUCAUCUCGGGCCUGCCACCGCAACGCCUGUACGUCCAUCCUGAUGAGCAGGUUGAACUGUUGGCGAGAGAGGCGAGGAGACGGAAGCAGAGGAGAAUACAAGAAGGGGUAAAGGGAGGGGGGAAAGGCGAUGCGGAGAAGCCCCCGCCGGAGCGCGAGUGGGUGCUCCCGACGCAGGUGAGGGAGAAGUGGAGUCUGCGGCGGUUCGGGGAGGUGUUUGAGGGGAUUGGGGUGGUGCCACCGGAGCCUGCGGAUAGCGAGCCGGUCAUAUCUAGGGAGAAGACGCAGGAGGAGAAGGCGAAGGACGACGCUGAUGAUGAUACCGGUGCUACGGAUUCUAGGAGAUCUGAGACCGAAACUGAGGGAGCGACAUCACAACCUGCGGCAAACAAGUGGAGGACGUUGAAGAGGGUGGUACUGGCUACGCUCGAUGAUGACAGCACGGUUGUGUACUACAUCGUGCAUGAUGGGAUUGUGAAGCCGCGGCAGAAUUGA